AGACGACUACUUCAUAACCACUCAUAUAUUAUCCCAUUUGUGUAGACAUUAAAGGCAAUUCUCAGUUGCCAUGGCAUUAUUCCUAUCUUCUAUUUCCACAGUUCCAUACACGAAACUCCAUGAUUCAACCUUGCUACACCAAAGCUUGAAGGCAAAUACUGGAGGCCCAAAGGUGUUCAUGAUUAAGUGUAGUGAAGCAAAAGAAUCAUCAGCAGAGCCAUCCAAGAAUAUUAAUGUGAAGCUUGAGAUAGGGUCUCCUAUUGUUGUCACCGAGGCUCCCAAGAUAAUCAAGACUGCAACUUCAGUACCAUGCCUGAGGGUUAAUUCCGGCCUUGUCAAGCCUGGUGAUGUGGGAAGGAUUGUGUCAAGGAAGCCCAAGGAUGUGUGGGCUGUUAGGCUUGCCAUUGGCACCUAUCUCAUAGAUGAUAUGAUUCAUAGACUGGAAGACGUGACCAAUACACAAUUUAUAACCACUACAUUCCGACCAGAGUUCGUGAAAGUUGCUGACAAGAUCUAUGGGGUGACACAUAAAAACAGGGAGAGCCUUGUCAAUGUCAUCUCUGAGGAAGAUGCGUUAGAUUUUCUCCAGCAUGACCAGUCUCACUGUGCUGAUUAAGAUAUGAGUCAUAGACCGGAAGACGUGACCAAUACACAAUUUAUAACCACUACAUUCCGACCAGAGUUUGUGAAAGUUGCUGACAAGAUCUAUGGGGUGACACAUGAAAACAGGGUGAGCCUUGUCAAUGUCAUCUCUGAGGAAGAUGCGUUAGAUUUUCUCCAGCAUGACCAGUCUCACUGUGCUGAUUAAGGUUAGGUCAUUAUUUCUGUUAUCAUAUUUUUACUAAUCGAGAGUAUAUCAUUACAAAUUAGCUUGGUGAGGGCAUGUCAAGUUCUAGAUUAGGGAUUAUUGCAAUACAUUAUACAUGCCUCAUUUGGCAUGGGCCGCAUGGCAGAUUGAAUUAAGGGGAUUCAAUUGGUAUAGAUUGACCAAGUAAUCCAGUGCUAGAUGUUCUAUCUGAAGGGUAAAAAAGAAGUGGAUGACUUGUUGGAUAACAUUCUCGUCUGAUUACAUGUUAGUCCCUUUCUUUUUGGUUUUUGGGAUAAACCUAGAGGUCACAUGUUCAAUUCUUGAAAACAGUCUCUCCGUAUAUUAUGUAUGGAUAAAGUCUGGGUACAUUCUGCCUAUAUCCGAUCCCACCCAUUGCAGAAGUCUUGUGAGUUGUUUACAUUGGAUAGAAUUGAAUAAGUUUAAUUUUUAUGAUAUCAGCUUUUCGUUUUUAAAUUA